AUGGACUGGAGGCGUCGAACCAAGAAGCAAUCUCAGCCUCGGUUGGAGCGGCUCAACGCCAAAAAGGGCUUCAGUUACCAACCACCACCCUCUUCUCCCCCUCCUUCUUCCACCUCCUCUUCCUCCCAUUUCGAUCGCCAAACCAGCUUCCGCCUCUUCGGCAUCGACGGCGAGUUCGACCUCAUCUUCGAGACCUUGGGCCUCUCCGGCCCCGAAGACUUCUCCAUCCCCACCGCUGACUGGGAGGCCCGCAAGGCCCGCGUCGCUGCCUCCAACGCCCCCGGGCCCACCCCUACCCCUCACGCGCUUCUCCACUCUUCGCCCGAGAUCCACCCUCUUUCCGUUACUGCUACUUCUGGGCCUCCCCUCCGAGACGACGCCGUUUCCCCUUCCGUCUCCCUUCUAGGUUCCUCCCCUUGGUCCUCCGGGGAUCAUGACGCGGGUAGGGGUAGUGGCAGCAGAUUGAGAAACGGAGAAAGGAGCAUGCUUUUCACUGAUUCCGGUUCCUUCACCACUUCCCAUGAUGAUGACAGUGACAUUGGCGGCGAGAGGGUUUGUUUGGUUUCUAACUCCGCCGCGGCGGAUGAGCUGGUUGUGCCACAUGUCUCCUCCUCCAAUGAGUGGUUCCGACAGACUUUCUCCUCUUGGCAAAAAGGUCACGUCUUGGGAAAAGGGUCUUUCGGAACCGUCUAUGAAUGCUUCACUGAUGAGGGAUUCUUUUUUGCGGUAAAGGAGGUGUGUUUGCUGGAUGAAGGUAGCCAAGGAAAACAGAGCGUUUUCCAACUUCAGCAGGAAAUAUCUCUUUUGAGUAAGUUUGAGCAUAAAAACAUAGUUCGAUAUUAUGGCUCGCACAAGGACAAAAGUAAACUAUAUAUCUUCCUUGAGCUUAUGUCAAAAGGGUCAUUAGCAAGUCUCUAUCAAAAGUAUCUUUUAAACGAUUCUCAAGUUUCUGCAUACACAAGGCAGAUUUUAUGUGGCUUGAAGUAUCUUCAUGAUCAUAAUGUGGUCCACAGGGACAUCAAGUGUGCUAAUAUACUAGUUGAUGUAAGUGGGGCUGUCAAGCUUGCAGAUUUUGGGUUGGCAAAGGCAACAAAAUUUAAUGAUGUUAGGUCAAGCAAAGGCUCCCCAUACUGGAUGGCCCCUGAGGUUGUUAACUUAAAUAGCGGAGGUGGUUAUGGGCUGGCAGCAGAUAUAUGGAGCUUAGGGUGUACAGUUUUGGAGAUGUUGACGCGGCAGCCACCUUAUUCUGACUUGGAAGGAAUGCAAGCAUUAUUUCUGAUUGGCAGGGGUAAACCUCCCCCUAUUCCAGAGUAUUUAUCUAAGGAUGCCCAAGAUUUCAUUCGUGAAUGCUUACAAGUUAACCCAAAUGAACGUCCAACUGCAGCUCAGCUAUUGGAUCAUCCAUUUCUAAGGAGAACAUUACUGUCUCCCGUAAGUUUUGUUUCUCCCCAGAGCAAGAUGUAUCGGUUAUAUCUGUUGGAGUUGGACCUAAAAACUCUCAACUGGUUGGUUAUGUCAAUGAACUCAUGUUUAGCCCAGAAUGUUGAUACCAUGAUGAAGAUAGGAGGGCAUGGAUCAUCAAGGUCCAACAGAUUGUGCUUUAUCCAUGAGGCAGAAGCGCCCACCAGGACAUUGCUACGGCCAAGUUCAGUUGUUGGUUACAUGAAGCUGUCUGAUGACUAG